AUGGUCUAUGCCGAGAAGCGUGUCAGUGUUCGAAAGAAGAUUGCUAUCAAAUAUGGUCGCAAAAUUGUGCGCAUCGAGGUUGCAGAUCACGAAGAGUUCACCAUUCCUGAAGACCUCCUUUGCAAAGAUCUAAACUCUUCCAAAAGAACCUUCAGCCGAAGCGCAAACCUUUCGGUGUGGACACAGAACGUCCCGUCUGCAAGGCAAAGCUUGAAUCCGUGGAACACGGAGAAGCGUGAAACCAACCAACCAGUCGACUGCCCGUUCUGUCGCCAAGGCUGGCCCGGCGAUAGCAAGGAAAUCGCAGUACAUCAACACCAUGAUAUCAGCCCUGGACCAUUCUCGAUAUUUAUCGAAUGUUUGUAUCAUGGUCAUAUUGCUGUCAAAGACCUUUCCGACAACUCUGAUGACGAAGGGAUAGACAAGACACCCGAACCCGACUUACACGAGUUGAUCGAAGCACAUGUGCUAGGUCUCAAGCUCAAAAGCAGCAUGUUUUAUCGAGGUGUCCUAGAGGCGUUGCUAGAGAGUACUGAGGAAACUCGUAUCUAUCCCGACAAAUCCGACGUCCGUCUUGUCUACGAUAACACGACUAAAGGGGCAAUCAUAAGGCUCGUGUUGGUACGAAUGUACGCUCAAGCAGCACAAGGUCACUGGUUGAGGGAUGAGGAGAGCAUUGGAUAUUCUAGAAGGUUCCUUCGGGACUUGACAAUAGCUCUGCUCGAGAAGGGUCCUUGGGAAAGACGCUGGGACCUUGCUGAAAUGAGAGACAAAUAUGUCAUAGGGAAGAUGAUUGGGUAUGGAAGAAAGGACGGCGCCGAACCGGAAGAGAUGAACAAUUUAUCAGAGGAACUGAGUUCAGAGUCGGAAUCAGGUGAAGACGAAGAAAUGCUGAGUUAA